CAGGCGCCGUUUGCCACCCUUUUGUGCAUGCAUGGGGGUUUUCAUCAUCCUACUCUGAACCUGAGCCCCGGUUGGCACGCAUGCUCCACUUUUGAACGAAUCACACGAUUCUUGGGCAAUCUGGCAGUCGUGCUUUUGGGAUCCCCUUUUGUGACGGUACUUCGCUAUGAUUGUGCGGUGACCGUGGAAGAUUACUAAGUAGGGUCAAGCUCUUGGUAGUAGGCUCUAGUAGAGCGCCGACAUCCCCACUGCUACCGCAACGCGCAGCGCAAAUGCCGCUGGCCGCUCCCCCUCGGUCGUGCGCGCUGCUGCCCCCUCUGCUCGCGCUGGGCGUUCUCUCCUCGCUCUCCCUCUUCGCCCUCCACUGCACCCGCCGUCUCUCCUCCGCGCCCCUCGUCCAGCGCGCCGCCGCGCUCUGCCUGCUCUACACCCUCGCGCUCGCGCUCCUCGCGCUCCCCGCGCCCUUUGCGCCCGCCUUCAGCCCCUGCGCUGCCCCUACCGCGCGAAGCACGGCGGAGACGUCGGCGGGGCUGGCGGGAUGCGCCGCGCGCGGAGAGGAGGGGGAUGAUGGGAUCGGGAGCAGGAUGGUGAGGGGAAGGGAGUUGUCGGAGAAAUGGGAAGAGGCGGAGGGCGGAUGCGAGGGGAUGGGGAGGAAGGGAGGGGCGUGGACGGGGGAGGCAGACGAGGGGAGUGCUGUGGAGAGAGCGAUGGAGGAAGGGGAAGAGUGGAUGGAGGGGGGGUUGGAUUGGGGGAAGAGCGCGAGUUGGGGGCAGUCAGAUACUGGCAGCGCGAGCAGUGAUAGAUGGGGCAGUGACAGCAUAGGUGGUGCCGGCAGCAGUACAGGUGGCGGCAGCGACAGCAGUGCUGGAAAUGCCAACACUUCUAUUACUAAUGAUAGCAGCAGUGACAGCAGUACUGCCAGUGGCAGUGACACCAGCAGUGACAGCAGAAGUACGGGCAGCGACAGCAGUACAGCCAGCGACAGCAGUACAGCCAGUGACAGCAGUACUGGCAGUGGCAAUACUACUAGUAGUGACAGCAGCACAGGAAGUGGCAGCAGUAUUGGCAGUGACCGCACUGGCAGUGGCAACAGCACGAACAGUGACAGCAGUACUGCCAGUGACAGCAGCAGUGACAACAGUACCGCCGGCGGCAGCGAUAGCAGUACUGCUGCUAGUAGUACUAGCAGUGACAGUACGGGCAGUGGAAACAGUACUGGCAGUGGCAGCAGCACGGACAGUGGAAACAGUGCGAGCAGUGGAAACAGUGCGGGCAGUGGAAACAGUACUGCCGGCAGCGAUGGUGGAAUAGCUGUUGGCGCAGAGCCGAAGGGCACCACGCCACUCCGGCCAGCGCCGCCCGCACACCCUCCUCCACCAGCCCUCUCGCCGUCGUCUCUCCCAGAAGCAACCCCCCCUCCUUUCCAACCUCCCCUUUCCUCCGCUUCACUGGCUCCCUCCCUUGCCCCCUCCCCCUCCUCGCUCCCCCUUCCAGUCUCUCCCGCCCUCUCCAAUUCCUCAUCAACCCCUCUCUCCCCCUCGCCUCCGGCCCCCCUUCCCCCCUCCGCCCCACCUGCGGCGCGAUUCUUCCUGUACCGGCUGCUGGGCAACGACAUGGCGCCGCUGCAGUGCGGGGAGCAGCUGCUGCUCAACACGCUCUACUCGCUGCAGCACGAGCCCCCCCACCUGCCGGGCUGCCGCCGCCUCUGGGUGCUCAACCAGCUCGUCAACGCCACCGCGCAGGCCGCCACCAUCCAGGCGCUCAAGGACCAUGGGGUCAACGACCAGGACAUUCUCAUUCGCCCGCUCAACCUUUCCUACAUCGCCACGCUCGACCCCUCUCGCUGGACCACCACUGUCACCGCGCUGAACGAGGCGCGCAAUUUCAUGCUGGACCAUGGCCGCAGGGAGGGUGCGCAGUGGGUGCUGGCGUUCGAUGGCAACCAGUUUGUUACGGAGGAGGCAUGGCGACUCAUAGUGAAGGCGGCUGACCGCCAUGAGAAGAAGGGCCUCAAGGUGUUCAAGGUGCCCAUGUACCGCGUGUACGAGCCGCAGUCUCCAGCGUGGCUCAACGCCUCGUCGCGUUACAGAGACCUGCGCCGCUACGCCCCCCACCUGCACGAGAGCCAGGUGGCGUUCAGCGGGGACUCGCCGCACCGCUACCAGGAAGGCAUGGUGUACGGCAAGGACGACAAGCUCGAGAUGCUGGGGCGCGUGUGCGGGACGGGCGACUUUGGGAAGAAGCAACGGGAGGAGGCCAAGGAAGGGGCAGAGGUGGCAGACACGGGGCAGUGUGGGUGCCACAAAGAGGUGGGGCAGGAAGUUGGUUUCCAGCGUGGCAAGCAUCGCGUGGGUUACAGCUGUGGUUACACGAUACGCCUGUGGUACUUUCCUUGUCCAGAGGUAAAUGUGAAGUUGGUGUUCAUCAAGGCCCAUUACAGGACGAAGUUGCGGGACCAGGGCAGAAAAAAUCUGCACGCUAUGAUUGCACAGGCAGUGAAGACGCACUCAACAAAAAACAACCAUAUUUGACUCCGAAUGUUCGGCACAAGCUUUAUAACUAGGUAUAAAUGUAUAUUAUUCAUACAUACCUGUAUUCUCUCGUAUUUAGGGCGGAUUCCUACGAAGUUGGAUCACCAAAGCUGGUAUCUAAGUAGCAAAGUGACCAGAAUGUGUGAUACACGGUGGUUUUGUGCUAUGGGGU